UUGAGUUCGCCGCAGUCCGGUCAUGAAUUUCAAGGGCUGAUAUAAAAGUAGCCAAUCCCUACACACCGAUUCGAAAUUAUCCACAUGACAGAACUGGUUCUUUAUAUUAAUUUCCAAUGUAGUAAACUUUGAAACUUAUUAUCAGUCAUGUCAAUGUCACCUCAAUUGCUUACAUACGAAUAUGCAAUCAUGCCUGAAUUGAGUACAUUUGUGAGCAAUUACCUUUGAAUAAGUCAUCACGCACUUAAUGCUGAUUUAGCUAAUAUAAUAAAGUGUUAUGACGCUACUGAAUGACCCUUCCAAUUAGUAUUGUUAACCGUUAGACGUGCCAACCUGAUUAAAAUUCAAAGAAGCUUCAGUCCCAAAACUGGUGUCACAACUCCGACCUUCGAUAAAAAUAUUUAAACCCCUUUGAAUACAAACUAAUCUCAGUCCGAUUCAGAUUUUCAAGAAUGAUACAAGACCAAACGACUGAUAUUGUGACAACAGCGCGCGAUGCCUUCAACAAAGGCUUCACUAAAAACAUGCGCUACCGCCUUAAAAAUCUCAAAAAUUUCAUCAAAUUCCUCGAAGAAAACGAAAAAGAAAUCAUUGAAAGCAUGUACGAAGACCUGCGGAAGCAUAGAGAGGAAGCCAGACUUGAAAUUCUCAUCGCGAUAAAUCAUCUAAAAUACUUAAUUAAUAACGUGCGAAAGUGGUCAGAACCCGACAUGGCGGAGAAGAGAUGGAUCGACUUGCUGGACGGACUGUAUAUCUACCAUGACCCUUUGGGGGUGGUUUUGGUCAUGGGGUCGUGGAAUGUCCCACUUUUGACUCUUGUACCGGUCACAGGCGCAAUGGCUGCUGGGAAUUGCGUGGUGAUCAAGCCAUCACACACUUGCCCCGCUUUUGGCAACAUGUUGGCCAGGUUGUUGCCCAAAUAUCUCGACCCCAUUUGUUACCCUGUGUUUCUCGGUGGAAUCGAGGAAACCAACCAAUUACUAAACCAAAGAUUUGACUAUAUUUAUUACACAGGGGGAGCAACAGUCGGAAAAAUAGUCCAUAGAGCUGCCAACAAAUAUUUAACCCCCACAACACUGGAAUUAGGGGGCAAAAACCCGGUUUUUAUUGAUUCGAGUGCUGAUCUAGAAAUGACAGCAGCUAGAGUAAUGUGGGGCAAAUGUUUCAACUCGGGACAGGCAUGCAUCGCCCCUGAUUACGUCUUGUGUACAAAACAGGUCGAGAAGGAAUUCAUCCAACAUGCGCGAACUGCGUUGGCUAAAUUCUUCAACAAUGACCCCCGAUGUUGCCCCAUAGUCAACGAUUUUCAUUUUAAGAGGCUUCAAAAAUUGCUUCGGGGUCUCAAUGUGGUAAUCGGGGGCCGUGUUGACCCCCUCGAUAAUUGUGUAGAACCGACUGUUGUCUCAGGGGUGAGUCUAACAGAUCCCAUCAUGCAAGAAGAAAUUUUCGGGCCAAUCCUGCCAAUUAUCACAGUUAAUGAUUUUAAAGAAGCUGUGAAUUUUAUUAACAGGGGUGAAAAACCACUAGCUUUGUAUAUUUUUACAAAAAAUGCCGUUGUUAGAGAUUAUGUCAUCGAUAAUACUUCUUCGGGUGGUGUUACAGUGAAUGAUACACUGAUGCAUUUGAUUGUUGAAAGUUUGCCGUUCGGGGGUGUGGGGUUGAGUGGAAUGGGGUGUUAUAAAGGAAAGGAUAGUUUCGAUACGUUUGUUCAUAAGAAAAGUGUGUUGGUGAAAAAUUUUAGUAAGAUUAUUGAGAAAGCGAAUGAAAUGAGGUAUCCGCCGUAUUCCAGUCGAAAAACUGAUAUUUUGGCGUUUUUGUUGAAGUACAGAAGAGGCCCGUCGUGGAUUUGGCUAUUUUAUUUCUCGAUUUUUUUCAUAGGAUUUGUUGUAGGUUUUCUAAUUUUCAAUUACUUUGCCCUAUUACAUUAUACGAAGUAAUAACCAACUAAUGUAAAUAAGAAAAUAUCCUAAAAUAAAGUAUUGUUUUUUAUUGUUUUUUUGUAAA